AUGGCGGGCGACGGCCGUCGAUGGCGGGAGAUAGCCGGCAAUGGCGGGGCGACGGCCGAUGAACCAGCCUGUGAAUGUGUAGGUGAGGCGUCGAGCCGCCUGACAGACAAGGCGGCGAGCAAGCGGACGGAGGUUGUGCAGAGCGGUGGCGGAAGAAGACGAGGGGUUUGCGUUGCUGACAGUGACGAUGCUAUGAUGCGGCUGACUACGGCGAGCGACGAAACGGCGACGGCGGUCCGGUGGCGGCGGUUUACCGGCGGUGUGCUGAAGGAGAUGGACGGCGUCUCCACGGUGAAUCUUUCCACAAGUGGGGCAAGGUGGUAUAGGUUGCUGCUGUCGCUGACGGUUCCUGCGGUCAUCUGGGCCUCCCCUGUUCUUCCUCUUGUUCUUGAAUCGUUGUGGUGGAGCGGCUGCGGGUUGAACUUUACUUAA